AUAUGAUUAUACUUACAUGUACAUAGUUUUUUUAUUAUAAGGAGUAUCUGGUAUUAUAAAUAACUGAUGUUGCUGUGGUUUGUACAUGAUGGUAAAAGUUCCCAACAAGUCACCAUUACUACUUGGAAAAAAACUAGAAUUACAAAAAGAAAAAAUUAAUAAAAGCCGUAAUAAUACUGCAAAAAGGAUAGAGUCAGAAGUUAAAUGGCCCAGUCCUGGAUCAUUUUUUUCUAUAAACCUUAAAAUGCUUGACCAUUCUCCUUCCCUAUGUUCCUCUAGUAAUUCUAAUCUUAGUGAAACAGUUAAAGACAUUUUACCAAACACAUUAAUAAGUCCCUGUGAACCAGUUUCUAAUUUAACACAUACAAACAAAGAAAAACAUUUACAGACAAAAGAUGAUUUGAAAGAAACCAGGAAAAGACUUAUUUAUUCUCCAUUAAAGGGGACUCCUCCAAAAAGAUUGCGUGUGGAAAAUGAAGACGUUGAUUUAGAAAGUAGUUUUAGGUUUGAUAAUACUAUGAAAAAUUAUUUACGUCCAUUCGACUGUUCAACACCUAAUCAACCUAAAAAAAAACCUUCAUCACCAACCUCAUUACCAACCUCAUCAACAUUUGAUCAUCAUAACAAUAAUACAGAUAUUGAUUUCAAAAGAGUUGCUGGAAAUUCAGUUAUUCAGUUAAGACGCUCUCAAAGGAAGUCUUCGGAGUUUAUUAAUAUGAACCUAAGUACUAUGGUUGAUCUCUGCACCAAUAGGUCUAAAUUUGAUAAAACCGCAAAAAAAUCUGAUGAAAGUUUGCAAUUAAAAGCAAAUCGAAAUGAAGUUUCAAUUCAUAAAGAAUCUGCAAAGAACAAUAAAUCAAAAUUGAACUCAAACAAAACUUUAUCAAAUCAAAAUGAAGUUUCAACUCCUAAAGAAUCUGCAAAGAACAAUAAAUCAAAAUUGAACUCAAACAAAACUUUAUCAAAUCAAGAGGAAGUUUUAGCUCCUAAAGAAUCUGCCAAGAACAAUAAAUCAAAAUUGAACUCAAAGUCUGAUGACACCAAAAGAACAUCAAAUCCAAAUCGAAAGGAAGCUUCAACUCACAAAGAAUCUGCAAAGCCAAUAUUGAACUCAACAGAUCAAAAUGAAGUUUCAACUCCUAUAGAAUCUGCAGGAAACAAUAAAUCAAAAUUAAAUUCAAGUAAAAGAUUAUCAUAUCAAGAGGAAGUUUUAGCUCCUAAAGAAUCUGCAAAGAACAAUCAAAAAAACAAAUCAAAAUUGAACUCAAAGUCUGAUGACAUCAAAAGAACAUCAAAUCCUAAUGAAAGAGAAGUUUUAACUCCUAAAGAAUCUGCAAAGAACAAUAAAUCGGACUCAAGUAUAUCAAAGUCUGGUGACAACAAAAGAACAUCAAAACCAACAACAACAACAACAGCAACAACAAUAACAACAACAACAAGUAAACCCACUUUAGAACACUCCUACAGGAGAAAGAAACUAUGUAUGCCUUAUAGAAGACGAAGUGAAAAAGCUUGCCAAACUUCUAAAUUAAAUAAAACAAAGAUUACAAAAGAGGAAUUGGAAAUUAAUAAAAAUAAAACAAGAACUGAAAGUGAUUAUGCAUUGAAUAAUGAAAGUGAAGUUGUCAAAAAUGCAUCAAAAACAAAAAGUAAAAAAAAACAUAUUCUGUCAGAAAGAAGUAAUAUUCAAUUAGAAAACACAAAGUCUAACCGAUCAUCUGGAAUGGAACUUAAGAACCUUACCAGAACUGAAAGUGAUUAUGCGAUUGACAAGCAAAUCAUAGAAAAUAUGGCAACUGAUAGUGAUGAAAGUGAAGAUGUCAACUGUGCAUCCAAUUCAUCCAAGUUAAAAAAAAAGAACAAGAAUAUCCUUCCCAAAAAAAGUUUACCACAAAAUUUAUUGGAACCUUUUGUCCAGAAUGAGGAUGAACAAAGUUUAAGCAAAUUACCAGAAACUGUGCGAGUGAAAAUGCAUGGACAGAACGUUAUGGCUAAUUUAAAGCUAGUCUUACCAGUAUCUGAAAAAUGGGACAAGCCAUCACAUAACAGUGCACAUGUUGAAACAAUUAAAUACUUCACUAUUUUUCACUUUUGUCAUGGGCAAUUAAAAAUUAAAGCAUUUGGUGAAAAGGGACUUCAAAAAUCUAAAUGUUCUGCAUUAAUUUUUUAUGUACUUUUUGGAAAUUUGGAAGUCACUAUUCACGAAACUACAUUUUCUGUUGGUCCUGGAGUUAAUUUUCUUGUUCCACAAGGGAAUGUAUAUAACAUAGUAAAUCGGAACAAUAUGGAGGCGCGGCUAAUCUAUAUGCAAGUGAAUGAUCCAAAGGAAAUCAAUUGAUUUUGUAAUAAUUUUCCAAUUAAAUGAAAAGAGAUUCGAGUUACCAUCCUGGAAUACUUAAAAACAAUGAUAUAUUUUUUAUUAUCAAUAAUGUAAUUCUUAUUUAAUGUGAAUAUGUAUAUAUUAUAUAUAUGAUAUAAAAAUAUUUCGUGCAAUUUUAAACUUUCAAAA